GUGCAUUUCGGUGGUCGCGAAGCAGCAGAUUAUAGCUUUUCUACUCUUCUCCCACACAACACAACCAGUAAACCACCGGAAGACGAUACCAACCGUUAUAUUAACAGCCGUCGAAAUAGCUCACACGACGCAGAGACGCGAGGCUUACAAGAGAAGUCGAAGGAUCCAUUUUUCCCCGAGAAUUUUCACGUCUCUUUGAGCUAAUCGAUCGGCGACAAGGGGUUUUUUCUGUUUCUCGGUGUUUUCUGGGUUUUUAAGGGUUUCGUUUACAAGUCGAGCUUCUUUUUUCGGGGGAGAGUAAUGGCGCCUGUUUCUGCAGUUGAGACGGAUAGAUACUCUCUCUUGGAGGAUUUUAAAGUCGAUGUUGAAGUAGAAGACGAAGAUUACGAGAGUUUCUCCCUUUGUUUCUGGGUUUAUCUCUUAAAUUCCACCACAUUCCCCUCUACGAUCAUUAGACAGGUUCACUCAGACAUGAGUGUUAGUGCACCUUUCCUUGUCCUAAAUGAGAAUAAGAAGAUGAUGCUUUUGCCAUUGACUCUCCUUCACAAGGAAGCUCCUGAUCCUGUAGACAUUUCGUCUUGGACACAAGUUCCUAAUGUUUGUACAAAAUCCGAGUUUCCUCUCGAGAAAUGGGUCCAUGUCGGCUGCGAGGUUUCUAGAAAUUUCAUGAGGCUUCUUAUUGAUGGAGAGGUUGUAGGAGACAAGUUCUUGACUUCUUUGUUUAUCAAGAACACCAAUCCUGAGUGUCCUCGAAAGAUAUCGCUGUUUAGUGUUGGAGGAGAUGGUUAUAGCGUUCAAGGUUUCAUCCAGUGUGCACAAGUCUUGCCUGCUACUUGUCAUGUGGAGCAUCACUAUAUGAAGGAACCACCUCCAUUGCUAUCUGUCGAUAGAUCAUCCUCAUCGGGGAUUAAUUUAGACGAUGAUGGUGUCUGGAAGGUAUCUUGCUGGGAGUUUUUUGCCUUGGAUGUUGUUUUAUCCAAUGUCAUUGGCCAGCCUGUGAAGGAGGAUGUUGAGGUUGUAGCUUCACUACUCUAUGUCGAUAGUGGGACUCGUGUGGAGGCCAAGAUGACUGAAGCUGAGACUCCUCUUUUGAUAAGCUAUGAAGGAGCUGAAUUCUCAGCAGACGAUAGACCGAUCAAGUUAAUGAACGGACGUUCAUCCUUUAAGCUCAAGAUCUCUCAGCUUUCCUCCAAGAAUGACAACAGAUUGUUCUGCAUCAAAUUUGAGAUACCGAAUGGUAAAGAUUAUCCUUUCCUUCAAGCUCUUACCAGCCCAAUACGUUGCAUUCCUAAAAGGUUGACUCACGAUGACCAUUAUCCAUUGAGUACCGAAUCACCGGACCUUCUUCACAACACUUCUUUAGCCAAACGAGCCAGGUUUAUUAAAGAGAGUGUUACUGGGAGUGAGGAAUCAUAUCAACAAUGCAAUUCUCAUCCCCAAACCUCAAAACAGUUCGAGAGUGGAAAUGGCGUGAGCUCUCGCCACGAAGAAGAGAACUCCUCUACUGAUUCAGAAAACUCUGAAAUGAGAGACUCGGCUGUGAUGAGAUAUACAAUCUCAGAUUCAACCAUCUUCAGAUACUGCUUGGGAAACUUAACAGAGAGGUCUCUUCUUCUGAAGGAAAUCACAAACAACUUAUCAGACGACGAAGUUUUGGGAUUCGCUGAUCAGGUUUCUCUGUAUUCUGGAUGUUCACACCAUUGCUAUCAAAUCAACAUGGCAAAAAAGCUAAUAGAUGAAGGAACAAACGUGUGGAUACUGAUAUCGCGGAACAAUCAACGUGUUCAUUGGGAUAAUGUGGUGUGUGAGAUUGAAGAACAUUUCAUGAGGAUAUCCAAAUGCAGCAGCAGGUCUCUCACCAACCAGGAUUUUAAUCUUCUAAGGAGAAUAUCAGGAUGCUACGAGUACAUGACUCAGGAGAAUUUCGAGAAAAUGUGGUGUUGGCUGUUCCCUGUAGCUUCCUCCAUAUCCAGGGGCUUGAUAAACGGAAUGUGGCGUUCUUCGUCGCCUAAAUGGGUUGAAGGAUUCAUCACUAAGGAAGAUGCUGAGCAUUCGCUUCAAGGCCAAGAACCUGGAACUUUCAUACUCCGGUUCCCUAUUUCGAGAAGCUGGCCUCACCCUGAUGCUGGUAGUUUGGUUGUGACUUAUGUCGGUCAUGAUUUCGCUCUUCAUCAUAAGCAACUCAAGAUCGAUAACAUCUGCGAAAGUAGUGAAAGGUACAUGGAUGCAAAACCGCUGCAAGAUAUGUUGUUGGCAGAACCUGAGCUCUCUCGGUUAGGAAGGAUCAUAAGAAGCCAUUGAUUCAUUGAUAUGUGGACGUUUUCUACAUUUUCCAAAACUAUACAGAUGCUGAAUCUCUCUUACAGUUUGUAAAUUUGUAGAAGCUCAGAGUGCUAAGUCAGGCUCGAAUUGUUGUUUAAAUUUACAAUUUUUGUUAGUAUUUUUGAAUUAUUACUGAAUCUCACUCUUUUAGAUGCAUUCAACGACAAAAGCCAGGUAAUAAUAAUAGCUGGUAAGGUACCCACUUUCACGAGUUAUAUGAUCAUUUUUUGUCAGAAAGUGUCACAUCUCAUUUAAUGAAUUCAACAAAAGCGGAUGAUUUCUCUCAUGUAGAAAAACUCGGUUUUCAUUUCAUACGUAAUAGUAACAUGUGAAUUAUUUUCGCAUGUGGCGUGUCAAAUUGUUGGUGAGGAUCAAAAGUUGUAAACCUACUUUCUCUUCUUGUUUUCUUUUUAUCUGUUCGUCUCCGUAACCAACUUCUUUUGUCUUCUCUUCUUGUUUAUUCAAUUUUCAGAUAAUGAGAUAAGUAAUAAUAAGAAAAAAAACUUGCAAGGUUUUGUGAAGAGAAACAAUGGCUAAUGCAAAGGAAACAAUAUUUUAUAUAACAAUCUCUGUGGUUGCUUUUGUCUUUGGUAAAAUCGUAAUCGCUCUUCUUCUCUACAAGAGAUGGAAGAGUAAACACACAGAUCAUGAAAAUGGAUUUCCAGUUAAAGGAGGAGGAAAAAUGGUAAUGUUCAGAUCUCCAUUGCUUAGCUCUGUUUCCUCCGACUUGUUUAUGAAGAAGACACAUAAGCUAAGUAACAAAGACAUUCUUGGUUCUGGAGGAUUCGGGACUGUUUACAGAUUAGCCAUUGAUGACUCCACAGCUUUUGCUGUGAAGAGACUAAACAGAGGAACCUCGGAAAGAGACAGAGGGUUUCAUAGAGAGCUAGAAGCAAUGGCUGAUAUAAAACACAGAAACAUCGUAACUCUCCAUGGCUACUUCACUUCUCCACACUAUAACCUCCUCAUCUAUGAGCUCAUGCCCAAUGGAAGCUUGGACUCUUAUCUGCACGGAAGAAAAUCUGGAGACAGAAAAGUUUUGGAUUGGGCGUCGAGAUACAAAAUAGCGGUUGGAGCGGCUAGAGGGAUUUCUUACCUUCACCAUGAUUGCAUCCCUCACAUUAUCCAUAGAGAUAUCAAGUCGAGCAACAUACUUCUUGAUCACAACAUGGAAGCUAGGGUUUCUGAUUUCGGUUUAGCCACUUUGAUGGAGCCAGACAAGACUCAUGUUUCCACGUUUGUUGCUGGGACAUUCGGAUACCUAGCUCCAGAGUAUUUCGAUACUGGUAAAGCCACAAUGAAAGGAGAUGUUUACAGUUUCGGGGUUCUUCUUUUGGAGCUUUUAACCGGAAGAAGACCAACAGAUGAUGAGUUUUUUGAAGAAGGAACAAAGCUUGUUACUUGGGUAAAAGGAGUGGUAAGAGACCAGAGAGAAGAGGUGGUGAUAGAUAACCGGUUAAUAGGAUCACCGGUUCAAGAGAUGAACGAUGUGUUUCGUAUAGCGUUGAUGUGUCUUGAACCGGAACCGGUAGUUAGACCGUCCAUGACCGAGGUCGUCAAAUUGCUCGAAUACAUCAGCCUCUCGAAACGUUCUUCUUCCUUUUGAUUUCUCUCUGAUUGUUGUGUUUAGUAUAUGUUUUUUUAAGAAAAAUAACUUCUUGAACUAAUCAAUCAAACUCAGUUCCAAAAUAAAGUUUCGCUGAAGAAAAAGACUUCGAGAUUCGCUUCUUUAAAAUGUAAU